ACUCACAUGCAGUCGUGCUCUUGUGACUCGGGUGAGUGCGCGUGAAAUUACAGUCGCUAUCUCAGUCGCGCGCUCUGAGGUAACAGUUGCAGCGCUUCAGUCCGGGAGAAUCUGACUUGAGUGAGUCUAUCACACACAUCCACUGGAAAGAGCAACAGUCACGAGCUUUACACGGAGAGACAACACUUCUGAAGGCUACAGGUUUCAGUGUGUCGCCGGGCAGUAUGACGGAGGUGAUGAACAGCUGUGACUCUGCGGUGGGAGACUACAGUGCAUCUGAGGAACAGAACAUCUCUUUUCAGAUCUUCCCAGACUCCCAUGAAAGGUUCCCUAAGCUUUCCAAACGCUUGCCGUCGAUCGUGGUGGAGCCCACUGAGAGCGGGGAGGUAGAGAGCGGGGAACUGCGCUGGCCUCCUGAUGAUCUGAGCCCUACAGACGACCCCAGAGACAAACAGGCCCAGGCUGCAUGUGACAAGCUCACAGAAGACAGCCAAGAGGUCGAAACGGGGACGGAAAUCUAAGAGGCAAUGGUUGGCACUAAUCCAGCCAAUCACUGUGAAUGUCUUCAUUACGGACAGGAGUGAAUGGGAGACUCCACCAGUUAGGUCUGCCUAUCAUCCACACUAGAGCCGCCCACCUGUUGACCUCCACUCCCCUAGGUGGAGCCGAGGCCUGAGAGACUGUCUUCACUGAACUAGCUCAUGUGCCAAACUCUAGUGGUAGUCAGCUGCUGUGAGUUUUAAAUUAUCUCCAAUAACACCACGAUACCCAUUAGAAGUCACCUACUCUGUAUGCCUGCUAAAUUAUAGAUUGGCAUUCACUUAUGUAUUGAUUUGCUUUGGACCAAAGUCUUUCAUUCCUUCAUAUCAAAAGGAUCUUAAUUUGUUGUAGAAUAUCAGCAUACUUUAAGUGAAAAUGGAUUUCAGAUAACUAGAGUGCAUAAUGAAACAUUAAACCCUACUCAGUGUACAGUAGACCUCAGUGUGUUUACACAUUCACACUCUACUACUAGGGUUUCCUUUUAAACAUGCUUUCCAGAUAUCAACAUUUGCACAUAUUCUUUGCCAUUCUCUGCUGCUUAUUUAAGAGUGUUCGUCAGAGCUGCUGUAAAUGUAGCUUUCUUUGCCUUAGACAUUUAUUUGUACUUAAACUAUAUGUACAUCAUGAUUUAAACAACGUUACUGUUUGUAUGUAUAUGUUUGGACCCUCGUUUUUUCCCCAUCAUAUGUAUCUGUUACCUUCCCAAGGCGAAACUCUUUGGUGCUUCAGAGUCUGUUAAAUAUAUUACAAAUCUACUGCUCUUCUUUUGAUGUUUUAGUAUUAGUCUUAAAAUAUUAAUAAUCUGUCUGGGAAUGGGAAUGAAUGCAGCACAGUAUCACUUAGCAUUAAAGGCAGUUGUUUCUA